UCAGUGUUCUAGUCUUGUGAGUUAAUUGUUUAUUUCUCUGCAUGAAAAAUGUCUCCCAUGAAAAUAUCAUUGUUGUCUAUGUUCACUCUUUGCUUGUUAUCUGCACAGGCAGCAAAUUUUGAAAUUGUCAACCGAUGCUCUUACACUGUCUGGCCAGCUGGCAUUCCCAGAGGUGGUGGUAGGCAGUUGAAUUCAGGACAGUCAUAUGUCUUAGACAUUCCUGCUGGAACCUCGGGUCGAAUUUGGGGCCGAACUGGUUGCAGAUUUGAUGGCUCAGGCCGUGGUAGUUGUCAAACCGGUGACUGCGUUGGUGCCCUAAGUUGCUCCGUAUCUGGUAAACCCCCUACCACACUUGCUGAAUUCACUCUUAAUGGUGGAAACAAUCAGGAUUACUUUGAUAUAUCUGUGAUUGAUGGUUUCAACAUUCCAAUGCAAUUUGGUCCAACCUCUAAUGGAUGCAACAAAGUGCGAACUUGUAGAGAAAAGUCUUGCUCAGAUGCUUAUCAGUAUCCCAGUGAUGAUACUAAAACAGUUUCAUGCCCAGGUGGUACCAACUACAGAAUUGUCUUCUGCCCUUGAAUCCAUGAUGUUAUAGUUGGUUUUCCAUAGCAAAUAAAAGAAAACUCGAGUAAAAUUUAGAAUAAUAAAUAUUGCUUAAUUUACUCGUGAAAUUUUAUAAAAUUUCUCGAGAUUGCAAUAUAUGAAAUAAAUGGUCUUUUGAUAUUAAUAAACUACUAGUAUCGUUAUUAUUAUUUUGGCACUAUAUAGUCUUGUCUACAGAGAUGUCAACUUGUCUCUGUUAGUGGAGAUCUAUGUGGGUAUUUUCCGUUUGGGAAAUAUUCGCGGGGAUUUCCAUGGAGAUUUCCUGAUCCGCGGGGACGGGGAUGAGAAAUAAAGUCUCCCCGAAGGCACUUCGAGGAUGGGGGUGACGUAAAUAUCCCCCGCCCCGUGGAGUCCCCCA